GAUCGCUGGGAAAACCCCGCCAUUGCAACGGUCACUUUGCCUGGUAUCUUGAAGAGGACGGUCGAUAUCCGUGAAAAUCACCGUCACGAAGUAGUGAAAUUUUAUAAGUGAAGUGGAAGAUCCGGUAGACGCCAUCCCGGAGAAAAGCCGUCCGACGAUCUGGAGAUCCGGACGCAAGCAGGAGGAGCCUGCGUUGAUUUGUGGACAUCCAGAACCCCUCGGUGUUCGUACGCUUCGCGUACAGGCCGGCACAGACGCAUUCGUCCGCCGUAAGCCACCCGACACCCGCGGUAUUCCCCGCGCGGUACAUCGUACCGCCGAGCACGAUCGCUCACGCACGAGGAUCGCCCGCGACACCGUUCCGGUGUGGGAACCGCCCUCGCGACGCCGCCAUUUUGGUCUGCGGACCAACCGUCGCGAGAUAAGACGCCAGCCUCGUCAGCCGUUACAUCAACCGACGCCGGAAACCAGGCAGACCGGUAGAUUGAUCUACCGAGGUCCCAGAGUCCGUCACCAUACUCGGGAGCGUCGAGGCAGGUGGCGCAGAAGAGGGUCGAGUACGAGAGCAGCAGCUGACCGCCCAUAGUGGUCGCACAACGACCCGGUUGACCGAGUCCCGGAGGUCGGUGGAGGCGUGUAGCCGUUGUUCCAGGAACGCGAGCUGAGAGUGGAGAGAAAGCGGAAGCAGCAGUUCCGGAAAGGGCCCGACGAAGAAGAAGGAAGAAGGACGUGUGAGGUAGGAUUAGCUAGUAAGGAAGUGGGGGAUCGAGGAACAAAGAACGCGCAGCUUGAGUCUGCCGAAUAAAAACACGAGUUUCCGGAAUAAAGUGGGUUUGUUUUGUCCGUAGGUCCAAUCGAGUGUUUCCCUUUCCGAUUCCGGAUUAACAUGCCGACCCUGAGGCAAAGAGGGGGGUCUCACUGAUGCUGGGGUAGCCCACCAUUAGUUACACUUGGCGCCCAACUAGAAAUUAGUUUAACUGUUUCGUGUUUGGGUUCACUUGAGGACUUUAGACGAUUUGCCCACUUCUCUGGGAAAACGCCCAUUAUUCAGGUGCAAAAGUUGUCUAAUCGUCAAAAUACAAACAGAAGUGACGCUAAUAUUUGAAUUUUUGAGUUCCGAGGAGGGGUUUUGGAAGUCUACGCUAGGAGGAACGACCACCAGACAUUGGCAAAGUAAUUGGUUGGAGAUUUCGUAAAAUUUUGUUUGAAUUCCGGAAUAGAAUUCGUAUUGGUGGAGUGUCGUUUCCUUCGGACUAGUUGAGUGAAAACACCAGGCAAAAUAAGUAAUUUAUUCCCCGUACAAUAGUACGAUUACAAAAGUUUCGACUUACACUAGGUUUUUUACAAUUAUUCGCUAUUUGCUGAUUCAUUCAAGAGCGUAAUUCAAUUCUAGGUUUUUUUCAAUUCAUUGUUGAUCCGUUGGUGUUCAUCAAUGAACAGUUUCAUUCACUAGGUUAUCAAAUUAUCUCAGUUAGCGAAUCAAUUUUAGGUAUUUUUCUUAAUUUGUAGUUGUGAUUGCUCAUUUCUAGUAUUUUUUAAAUAAAUUUUCUUUUUAAUUACAAGAUCUUUGAUUUUCCUUGCACUCAAGAUGGAUAUGGUUCAUUUGUUGUCACUGUAUCGCGGAAUGAAUACGGGUCAUUUGACCGUUGAUGAACUCGAACAUGAGCUGAAGAUCCGCGAUAUCCCAUUUGAUUCAUCGCGCAGCGGAGCCGAACGUGCGUUGCGUAAUCGCCUAAAAGAAGAGAGAGAAUUAAAACAUGUUGUGUAUGAGCAAAUGAAUGGUUCAGAGUUGGAUGAAUUGGAAGCGUGUGAGUUGAAAGUGAGUGAGAUUAAGUCCCACCUGGAAAGCCGGAAAUCCAAGCAAGCACCAGAACAGUCGUUCAAGACUAGGAUUCUGCAUUGCGUUUUCCGCUUGGAACGUUUGAGAACAUACACCACCAAGGAUGAUGAAGCUGCUAAAUACUUUUUUUUUCUAUUUCGUCACAUUUGCCCGAAGUACGUGAAGCAGAGUUAGCACUCAUUAACCAGAGUCUAACGGAAAUAAUGAAGAAACAGGAUGCGGAAAAAGGAAAUGGAAAAGGAGCGGAAGAAGAUAAUGAAUCUUGGAAUAGUACUGAAGAGAAUAAUGGAGAGGAAAUUGCUGGAAUUGUUGGUGAAACUGGAUCUGUUAGUGGAAAUGGUAAGGGAAAUGGUAGUGGAGUUGGUAGUGGUGAUGGAAAAAGUGUUGGAAAACCUGGUGACGUGGAAAGAGCUGAAUUUGAACAGUGGAAAGAACAAAAAGUGGAACUAAUAAAUGUGGUCAACAAGUUGUUGGAACACAUUCAAGUUCUAGAAGCGAAACAGGUUGAGAAAGAGGUGGAGAAAGAAAAGCCGGAAGUACAGGCCAAGCCAGCCAACAGUACGCAACUUGGAGUAGACGCGAACAAAGACAAAAAGGACGAGGGUAAAAGCCAGCAGAAUCCAGGUGAUUUUCUCGCGUGGCUCAACCAAAGAAAUAGUUCAUUGGGAAGCUUCGGUAACUCAGAGAAUGAACAUAACAAACCAGAGGAAGUUCAUUCCGGCAAGGAUGAACCGAAGGAAAAUAAAACCGGAUUUGGUAGGAGUUUACCGGUGCAUAAGUGGACGGUUCGUUAUGACGGGAUGGACAACGGGAGGAAACUGAACGAGUUUUUGAAGGAGGUGGAGUUCAACGCUCGUUCAGAGAACAUUUCUGAGUGCGAGUUGUUCCAGUGUGCGCAUCAUUUGUUCACGAGGAAAGCACGUUCUUGGUUCAUGGAAGUGAACGGGAAUAAUGAACUGGGUUCAUGGAAGAAGUUGGUGGAUGAAUUGAAGAGCGAAUUCUUACCGAUCGACAUCGAUUACGUCUAUGAGCGGCAGGCCAACAAUCGCAAGCAAAUGUCCAGGGAGAAGUUCCAGGACUAUUACUUGACAUGGUCCGGAUCUUCCGCUGUAUGA